CACGUAUAUUCUUAUUGUGUGUGUACGCGGUCGCCGGAGCACUCUCUCUCUCUCUCUCUCUCUCUCUCUCUUUCUCUCUCUACAGCGCAGAGCAGCUUCGUUUGCAGAGUUUUCUCGGAGCCUCCAGGUCUCGGUCUCUCUAUCUCGCUUGCGCAAGGAUUGAGAUUUUGGAGCUUCUAGGCUUCAAUCUCGUUGCGCACUCUGCGUGCUCGGAUUGGCGUUCUAGCUCUUCUGCACUUCACGAAUUAGCAGAAAGAACUGUAUAUCUGAAGCAACGAACAGAAGGCUCUGAGCUGACCGGCGAUCUGCUCUCUUGUCUCUUUCUCUGUGUUUGUAUGUGCAUUUGAUAUAACUGCCCGGGCCUGAGGCUUGGGAUUCGAACCAUGUCGGCGGAUAAGGAGCAAAAUGGAUGGAUCGCAGAGGUGGCCGAGCCAAAUCAUCCGUACUUGCAGAAAUACAGGCUCUACGAGACUCGCUCGAACUUUUAUAUGAUUGGACGGGAUAAGAGCAGAAGCAUCUGGAGAGUCUUGAAGAUUGACAGAUUAGAGCCCUCUGAACUAAAUAUUCUUGAAGAUUGUACAACAUAUUCUGAAACUGAAUGCUGUGACUUACUAAGACGAAUACAUGAAGGAAACCAGUCAACUGGUGGGCUUAAAUUUAUCUCAACAUGUUAUGGAAUUGUUGGGUUCACAAAGUUCUUGGGACCUUAUUACAUGCUGCUUAUAACAAAAAGAAGGAAGAUUGGCACAAUCCGUGGUCAUGCAGUAUAUGCCAUUGCCAAGAGCAGGAUGAUACCAGUUCCAAAUUCUACUGUGUGGUCCAAUUUGAAUAAUUCUAAGGAUGAGAACAGAUACAAGAAGCUCCUAUGCUCGGUGGAUCUUACAAAGGACUUCUUUUUUAGCUACUCCUAUCAUGUCAUGCGUAGUCUUCAGAAGAACUUAUGUAAGCAUGAGAUAGGUCAAAUACCAUAUGAAACAAUGUUUGUCUGGAAUGAGUUCUUAACUCGUGGAGUACGCUAUCACCUCAAGAAUACUCUCUGGACCGUUGCGUUGGUAUAUGGCUUCUUUAAACAGGUCAAACUUUCAAUUUCUGGUAGGGAGUUCAAGUUGACCCUCAUUGCCAGAAGAUCGCGUCACUAUGCUGGUACCAGAUAUUUGAAACGAGGGGUAAAUGAGAAGGGUCGAGUAGCUAAUGAUGUUGAAACAGAACAGAUUGUGUUUGAGGAUGUUCCUGAAGAAUGCCAUAUGCAAAUAAGUUCUGUUGUGCAGAACCGGGGUUCAAUACCCCUUUUCUGGUCACAGGAAUCAUCAAGAUUGAAUAUUAAACCAGACAUCACAUUGUCAAAGAAGGACCAUAAGUACCAAGCUACUAGGCUUCACUUUGAGAACCUUGUCAAGCGAUAUGGAAAUCCAAUUAUUGUAUUGAAUUUGUUAAAGACUUAUGAGAAGAAGCCUCGAGAAUCUAUUCUGCGUGCGGAGUUUGCCAAUGCUAUUGCUUUCAUUAAUAAAGAUUUAGCUGAGGAGAAUCGCUUGAAGUUUCUUCACUGGGAUUUAAACAAAUAUUCAAAAAGAAAAUCUACAGACGUAUUGUUGCUUUUACGCAAAGUGGCAGCAUAUGCAUUGAACUUAACAAGCUUCUUUUAUUGUCAAGUAGCACCAACUUCAGAGACAAAGGGGUUGCCAAAUUUGUCAUGCUUAGAGAACAGUGAUAAUGGUGAUCCCCCUGGACCAAACCUUUCCGAUACUAAAAAGGAAGCCAAUGCGGAAACAAGAGAUAAUAAUAAUGGCAUUAAUGAGGGUGGACAUCACUUUGUCAAACCCCCAAUGUUUCAGAAAGGGGUCCUUAGAACCAAUUGCAUAGACUGUUUAGAUCGCACAAAUGUUGCUCAAUAUGCUUAUGGAUUAGUUGCUCUCGGCCAUCAGCUGCAUGCUUUAGGAUUUAUAGAGGACCCAAAUAUUGAUAUGGAUUCACCUUUGGCUAAUGAUUUGAUGAGGGUUUAUGAGACAAUGGGUGACACACUUGCCCUACAAUAUGGUGGAUCAGCAGCACACAACAAGAUAUUCUCACAGAGAAGAGGUCAGUGGAUAGCAGCAACUCAGUCCCAGGAGUUUUUCAGAACUCUACAGCGUUACUACAAUAAUGCUUACAUGGAUGCAGAAAAGCAAGAUGCCAUCAAUGUGUUCCUGGGGCAUUUCCAGCCACAACAGGGUAAACCAGCCCUUUGGGAGUUGGACUCAGAUCAGCAUUACAAUAUUAGGAAGCAUGGUUCAGAUCUUGCGGAUGAAAAUGCAAGGUUAUCUUUUAAGCGAUCCCGAUCAGAAGGCAACAUCCUUUGUGAAAGUAACUUGCCUAUUGAUGCCACUGAUGUUGGACUUGAUGAAUAUGACAACCAGUCUGCACCUGGUAAUGCAAAAGCUGGUAAUAAGGGCCUUUCAGAGUCGACACCAGAAAUUUCAAUUUGUGAUAAUGAACUAUCUUAUUCCAGGUAUACCCCCUCAAUGUCUUCUAGGCAGCUUUUCCCAGAUAUGCAGCUGGACCGAAGUCUAUUAAGCGAUUGUACUUGUUUUGACAAACGCCAGGGUUCAUGCGACUGCUCCAACUUUUUAGAUGUGGAGUGGGUAUCUUCAUCUGGAAAUUCAUGUGAAGAAGAUGCAUAUGAAAGAUCUGCACUCAUCAUGAGCUCACCUGUCGCCAGUGGUUCAUUGGAUAGUCUUGUAACUGGAAGUAACAUAGAAUCCACUGCGUCUGCAAGUGAGUCUGGAUCCGGUAUGAAGGGUUCCGACCUUGCCGAAUUCUCUGAUAGCUUCGUGCACUGGGUCAACCAUGGGGAGAUGUUUUGCCGUUGAAGUUCUACUCAGGUUCUAUAUCAAAUUUACUUAUUUCGGCGACCACCAUUUCACUAAAUCUACCCAUCCGAAGGAUGCGGUUUUCUCAAAAAUACCAUAUUUGCAGCACACCGAAGAUAGAAAAAAGAAAACAAAAAGAAAAGAAAAAAAGAAAGAAAGAAAGAAAGAAAGAAAGAGAAAGAAACCAGCGUUAGCAUGAAAGACUGAUUCUUCUAAACAAGAAUUGUUGAGAUCUUUCAUGUAAAUUUGCAGCAUUUAUCUUUGGAUCAUUGAGUGAGGAGAAGGUAACAAGAGACAGCUAGUUUGGAAGUUGUAACCAUCGUGUAAAUAUUUUCGUUAAUAAGCAUGUUCUAUUAGUCAGUUCCUUUC